GCGCUGCUGCCAGUGCCGCGGGUUCCCGGCUAUGGACGCCCCAGAGACCCCGGCCCCGACCGCCGCCCCGGGCCCGGGCAGGAAAGAGCUGAAAAUCGUGAUCGUGGGCGACGGAGGAUGCGGCAAGACUUCGCUACUCAUGGUGUACAGCCAGGGCUCCUUCCCCGAGCAUUACGCCCCAUCCGUAUUCGAGAAAUACACGGCCAGCGUGACAGUGGGCAGCAAGGAGGUGACCCUGAACCUCUACGACACUGCCGGGCAGGAAGACUAUGACCGGCUGCGGCCCCUGUCCUACCAGAACACUCACCUUGUGCUCAUCUGCUACGACGUCAUGAACCCCACCAGCUAUGACAACGUCCUCAUUAAGUGGGUCCCUGAAGUCACGCAUUUCUGCCGUGGGACCCCUAUGGUGCUCAUUGGCUGCAAGACGGACCUGAGGAAGGACAAGGAGCAGCUGCGGAAGCUCCGGGCGGCCCAGCUGGAGCCCAUCACCUACUUGCAGGGCCUGAGCAUCUCUGAACAGAUCCGAGCCGCCCUCUAUCUGGAAUGUUCCGCUAAAUUUCGGGAGAACGUGGAGGAUGUCUUCCGGGAGGCCGCCAAGGUGGCCCUCAGCGCCCUGAAGAAAACGCAGCGGCAGAAGCAGCACCGGCUGUGCCGGCUGCUCUGACCCCUCCGGGCGGGCACGUGACCCUCGGAACAGGACUGACGGGUCCCCAGGCCCAGGCUGCUCCCUGGGAUCCUGCCCCAACCCUAGCUUUCGAAGGACACUUGCAAUUGGGUGUAUCCAGUGCUUGGUGCCUAGAGCCUGUGGUGAGGCUCUUAGAACAUUCUGGAACUCGCUCCUUUCCCAGCUUGGGCUCUGACCAUGAACUCACCUCUGGGCUUCACACUGGAGCUGCAGCCUCCGUGGUAGUUGGUUAGGGCACUAGACUUAGUCCCUUUGUACCCUAGAACUGGCAUUUGUCCCCAGGACCCUGGAAUGCCCUCUCCACAUCCUCCCCUCAGCCAUGUGUGUCCCCCUUUGCACACCCAAUAGGUCUUCAAAGCCAGUUCCUGAAGUGACAAACUCCACUGAGUAUGUGGAUAAACGUGGAUUUGGCAGUGUUCCCCACGGCCCCAAGCCUGCUGUUCCCGUGUCACCAGCCUCCCUGGGCUCCCCAGAUAGGCACGGCUGCAUCCUCCAGCUCCUUGCUUCCUUCCCCUGGGAGCUCCAGGGCUGGGAUGGGCCCGAGCCUAUCAGAAGAACACAGGCAAUAGCCCCGGACAUGAGGGCUGGUACCGCUCCACCCACCCUUCCCCCUCCGCCCCACGCAGAGGACUUCUUACAGCCUUCGGCUUGGCUGCCAUCUUUCCAGAGCUGGGCACACAUGUCCCCAAAGAGAAGAAACUCAGCAAAAUAAACACCCUGGACCUGCCCCCACCCCUGCCUCCAACCCCUGCUCAAGUCUCCUGACCGGCAGCCCUCCCUCUGCUGGAAACCCAAGAUGAAAAGUGACAUCAGCUCCUGACUCUGGCAAGUCAGUUCUCUCUCUAGACCAUCUGCCUGUCUCCAAAAGGAUGACACCGGCUCAUGUAAAUAGUCUUCAAGCUCCCUUUACCCCUCAGAGCCACGGCUUCUGCCAUGGUGUGUUCUGGAACCUAGAACAUCUGGCCUCCUGCGAGAACAGAUUUCAACGACCCCCCCCAGCUGCAGAUUCACGGAACAUCCUUCCAGAAUGUCUGGGAGUUUUUAAACAAGUGCCCCAGGUGAUUCUAACACCCCAGAGUUUGAGAGCUGCCUGGUUCCUGCAUGAGCUCAGGGGCCAGCAUUACCUAGGAUGGGAUGAUGGCUCCUGCCUCAGCCCCCACCUUACCCAGUGCUGCGGCCCCCACCAAGCCUGAGGCUCUCUGAAGUCAGCUGCUAGGGAGAGGCUUCUGAGGUCUACCCGACCCCAACUAGGUUCCUCAAGGCACAACCGUGCUCUGGAGACUCAACAGUGUUCUAGCAGAACCCAAGGCCUCAUGGACAAAGGAUGGUCUAAGACAGAGGUCAACAAACUAUGGCCUGUGUGCCGAAUCUGGUCGCUGUGUUUUUGUAAAUAAAGUUUUAUUGGCACACA